GCCGGCCGGCGGGCUGGGCGCAGCGUGAGCCGCGGUCCCAAAGCGGGAGCCAGCGGCGGCCGGGGCCGGGCUGCAGCAUGGGGCUGGCGCUGCUCCCGGCGCUGCUCCUGGGGCUGCUCCUCUCCCGAGCCGGAGACCUCCUGGCUCUGCCACGGAGCAACUGCAUCGCAGCAGAACAGCUGUGCCUCUCGGACUCUGUCUGCAAUGCUACCUACAGGAUCCUGGAGAACUGUGCCCUGGCCAAGACUCGCUUCCUCCCGCUGGAUCACGACAGCAGGGUCCAAUGUCUGAAUGCAGAGCUAGACCUCGGAAACAGCUCUCUGCUGCACUGCAGGUGUCACCGGCGCAUGAAGAGACAGGAGCACUGCUUACGUGUUUUCUGGACCAUUCACUCCAGCAUGACAGAUGGUUAUUUCAAUUUGGAGACCUCUCCCUAUGAGAAUCCAGCAAAUGAAGAACACUGGAAGACUGAUUAUAAUAAACUGGCAGCUCUGUUAUCAGGCUCACAGUUAGCAGGAGAUGCAACAAAUCCAUGCCUGAAGGCAACUCAUGUCUGUAAUCUGAGCAAGAAGUGCGUCCGUCUGCGCACAGACUACGCCUCCAUCUGCACCAAGGGAGCAGGAAGCGAAGACAUGUGCGACCGCCGCAAGUGCCACAGAGGGCUAAGGAAUUUCUUUGAGAAAGUCCCUGAGGAUUUCACCAAAAGGAUCCUAUUCUGUCCAUGUCAGGAUGAACUUUGUGGAGAACGACGCCGGAAAACUAUUGUUCCUGACUGUUCCUUCCAGUAUAACACCAAACCCAACUGCCUCUGGCUUCUGGACUCCUGCUUAGAAGACCAUAUCUGCAAAUCCCGACUGGCUGACUUCCAACAAAACUGUCAACCUGCAGACAUGUCCCCAGAUGGUUGCUCUCAGCACAACCAUGCUGCAUGCCUGCAGGCGUACAUGGGGAUGAUUGGCACACCCAUGACACCCAACUAUGUCAGUAACUCCAGUGUGGAGGUCUCCCUGUGGUGCACAUGUGAGAGCAGCGGCAACCAGAAGGAGAAGUGUGACCAGAUACUUGGCAUGUUUGAGAGCAACAAAUGCCUUGAAAAUACGAUUUGGUCUCAAAUGCACCUGAAGCAGACAGCUCUAGAAAGACAGGAAGACUUAUUUUAUUCAUCUUCCCUAAGCUUCCAAGGAGACAGUACCAGCACAUCUCUUGCUUCAGAAAUGUCCCAGGUGGCUGAAGGGAAGACACAGCGAGACAUCUCUGAACACAGCAGUAUGCCUAUGGCCUCCUCUGUGUAUUCUGGAGCUGCUAUUUCUUGGCCGCCUCUGGCUCUGUUCCUGCCCCUCUUGCUCAGCUCACAUUAACUUAGCAUAAAUGGCAUCUUUCCUUCCCAUAUUAUUAAUCUUAUUCUAUAUCCAGGCACGUCCCACUACUGAUUUACCUUUAGGAAACAGAAGGCUUCCAAGAAAAGAGGAAAGGAACAGCCUUCACCCAGAACGGCAGUCACUGAAAACCUCCCCCCAGCCUGCACCCCACUUCCCCCAGCCAGUCUGCACUGAGCUCGGCAGAUACUAUGCCCACCAUUGCUGCUGCCAUGUGCACAUUUUGAGUAAUAUCAGAUUAAUAUUCCAGCACAAUAUUUUAAAACGAAGGUCUGAGUUCUGUCAGAACUUGGGCAGGGUUCUGUUUCUGAGUGCAGGGAGGGGCCUGACUCAGCAUGUCCUACCACCCCCCUUCCAGAGCUCUUCUUCAGGUGACAGUCAUAGAAUGGUUUGGGUUAGAAGGGACCUUUAAAGAUCAGCUAGUCCAGCCCCCUGCCACCAGCAGGGACAUCCUUCACUAGGUCAGGUUGCUCAAAGCUCCAUCCAACCUGACUUUGAACACUUCCAGCAAGGGGCAUCCACAGCUGCUCUGGGCAACCUGUGCCAGUGCCUCACCACUCUCAUUGUAAAAGAUUCCUUGUGUCCAGUCUAAAUCUCCCCUCUCUCAGUUUAAAGCUGUUGCACCUUGUGCUGUCAUUACAGGCCCUGGUAGUAAGUCUCUCUCCAUCUUUCUUAAUGGUCCCCCCUUAUAUAUUGAAAGGCCACCACAAGGUCUCCCUGGGGCUGCCCCUUCUCCAGGCUGCCCCACACCAGCUGUCUCAGCCUUUCCGCACAGGAGCGGUGUUCCAGCCCCCUCACUGUUGUCGUGUCCCUCCUGGGGACCCGCUCGAGCAGGUCCGUGUCUGUCUCGUACUGGGCACCCCAGAGCGGGAUGCAGGGCUCCAGGAGGGGUGGAGCAGAGCAGAGGGGGAGAAUCGCCUCCCCCCACCUGCUGCCCACGCUUCCUUUUGUGCAGCCCAGGAUAUGAUAUGGCUUUCCGGGCUGCGAGCGCACGGUACCGGCUCACGUCCCGUUUUUUAUCUGCUGGUAUCCCUAAGUCCUUUUCUGCAGGGCUGCUCUCGAUCCGUUCAUCCCUCCGCCUGUGUUGGUGUCAGGGACUGUCCCAACCCAGGCCUUGCUCAGCUUGGUGCGGUUCACGUGGGCCCACUCCUCCAGCCUGUGAAGAGCACAGCAUACCAUCCUAAAGACUAGAAAUUUGCACUCCAGGGUGGGUUGCAAGUAAAGCUCAAUAAACACAUGUAAAGUUCCUGGUAAACAUAAAUUCUGGAUUACUUUCAGUCCUCUUUUCAAAUCCAUUCUUUUAAGUAUAUGAAAAAUACCAUCCCAGAUCAAGGACACUAAACUAAAGUUUAUAAUCUUGCUCCUUUCUGUUUUGCCCCUUGCAACAUACCUAUCUCAUACAUUAUCAGAGCUAGCAACAGACUCAGGUUUUGUGGGUUAAGAUGGAUUUCUGUGCUCAACCCCAGUAAAUUUAAUCUUAUCUAGCAAAGGACGACCUUGCCUGGCCUCAGGACCAACCUUCUAAGUCAUGCUUAGAGAAUACAUGUAGCUCAUCAAAGCUGUAUUGACCACAAAAGCCCUAGGCAUCAGUUGCAAAAAUCUCUGGGAGCUGCAGCUACCUUGUACCUCUCCGUAUAUUCCAGUUGUGAUUGCCCCUUCCAGACCACCCACCCAAACUCCUCCUCCUCUGCCAAGUUCUAUUCCAUGACCUGUUUAUUCUGAGUGUAGAUGUGUGCACUGUAUAACUGCUGUUAUUUUUUACUGCGUUUGCCUGUUAAAGUGUGGUGUUAAGUGAAUAUUGAUUUCUGAGCAUAGGUUAAUAGUCCACAAUCAAUUGUGUGCAAGAGUUGCCUCAUCAGCCAGCCUGCACUUCCAGGAUAGCUAGAAACUCGGCUCAGAGCAGCUCCUCCAUGCACACAUA